AUGCCAAUUACCCAUAUCCUUUCGAAACUUGUUCUUUCAGCAAGCUCCGCACUCGUUGCGUUCGGGUGUUGGAAGUUAGGAGAGCGAGUAUGGCACAAUCUUAGGUCCCCACUGCGCAUACUACAAGGCCCAAAAGGAACAAGCUGGCUAUAUGGAAACUUGAAGGACAUUUUCAAGGCGGAAAAUUCAGUCCUUCACGAGCAAUGGGUGGAGCAAUAUGGGACGACCCUGAAAUACAAAGGGUUCUUCUUUUCAGACCGAUUGUUCACGAUGGACACCCGCGCACUGAACCAUGUUCUCACCCAUAGUAGCGAUUAUCAGAAACCGUCACAAGUCCGGUAUAAUCUCUCUAGAAUUUUGGGUGAAGGUGUCCUGUUUGUUGAAGGGGCUCAACAUCGUCAGCAGAGAAGGAUCAUGAACCCCGCCUUUGGACCCGCCCAGAUCCGCGCACUAACGGACAUCUUCUUGAGCAAAUCGAUCAAGCUUCGAGACAUCUGGUCUACCAUGACCGUUGCCAGUGAACACGCGGCUCGGAUGGAUAUCAUGCCCUGGCUGAGCAAAAUGACGUUGGACGUCAUCGGUGUAGAGAAUUAUGCCUCUCAUGGCCUAUCUCUAUAUGACGCGCAGCUUUCCCGCGCAACGCGCGCCAUGCGCGCACCAUUCCCGCGCUUCGCGAUGUAUACGCGCGCGCGCGUUCCCGCGCUUGCGCGCCCUAUGGCGCCAGCCAUCCAGAAGCAUCCAUCCACUGUCCACCAAGCUCCCUAG